UUUUCUGGUGGGAUGAAUAAUAAUGCAACACCACCUGAACACAAACAUCCGCUGUUACUUCCGGGUUAUGAAAGCAUGACGACGAAACUUUUCUACUAACUGCGCCAGCCAAACUGCAGGCAGAUGGGCGUGAUCUUAGUUUGAUGGCUCUUGUCGUACAUCGACUGAGAUCAGGUACGCCCCGUCUUUUUUGCCCAGGUGUGUUUCGAUUCCGAAACUCGGUCGGGAUGGACAAAAUGGGUCUGGCCAUGGCGCGUUCACCGCUGGAGCGACUCAACUUUGAAAACGUCGCCCUGAAGAAACUUCCUUUGGACCGCUCCGAGGAGCCCGGGGUGCGACAGGUGAAAGGAGCGUGUUUCUCCAGAGUCCAGCCGCAGCCACUGACCAAUCCUCGGUUGGUGGCGGUGUCCCAGGAAGCUUUGGCCCUGCUCGGGCUCAACGGGGAUGAGGUCACGGAGGACCCACUUGCGCCAGACUAUCUGAGUGGCUCCAAAGUAAUGCCUGGAUCCGAGCCCGCAGCUCAUUGUUAUUGCGGCCACCAGUUCGGCCAUUUCGCUGGUCAGCUGGGUGAUGGGGCGGCCUGUUACCUGGGGGAGGUAAGAGUGCCACCUAAUCAGGACCCCAACAUAUUGCACGAAAACCCAAGUGGCCGAUGGGAGAUUCAGGUGAAAGGAGCCGGACUUACCCCCUAUUCAAGACAAGCCGAUGGGCGUAAGGUGCUGCGCUCUAGCAUAAGGGAGUUCCUUUGCAGUGAGGCUAUGUACUUCCUGCACGUGCCCACUACAAGAGCAGGCUCUGUUGUAACAUCAGACAGCAAAGUCGUAAGGGAUGUCUACUACAGCGGACACCCUCAACAUGAGAGAUGCUCGGUGGUCCUCAGAAUCGCACCAACCUUUUUAAGGUUUGGUUCUUUUGAGAUAUUUAAGCAGGCAGAUGAGUUCUCAGGUCGUCAGGGUCCCAGCUAUGGAUAUGAUGAGCUCCGAGGACAGAUGCUGGACUAUGUCAUUGAAACAUUCUACCCAGAGAUCCAGCAGCAGUACCCAGAUCGCGUGGAGAGGAAUGUGUCUUUCUUCAGAGAGGUGAUGCGCCGGACGGCUCGACUGGUGGCUCAGUGGCAAUGUGUUGGAUUUUGUCAUGGUGUCCUGAACACAGACAACAUGAGUAUACUGGGCCUCACUCUGGACUAUGGUCCCUAUGGCUUCAUGGAUAGGUUUGAUCCAGAGUUCAUUUGCAACGCUUCAGACAACUCUGGACGUUACUCGUAUCAGGCUCAGCCCGCUAUUUGCCGAUGGAAUCUUGUCAAGUUAGCAGAGGCCCUGGAUCCAGAGCUUCCCCCUGAUCGGGCAAAGGCUGUUAUGGAGGAAUAUUUGGAUUUGUAUAACAGCUGCUACCUUGAUAAUAUGAGGAGGAAGCUGGGUUUAUUGAAAAAACAGGAACCGGAGGACGAGAUCCUCAUCACAGAGCUGCUGCAAACCAUGCACAAUACAGGGGCUGACUUCACCAACACGUUCCGCAGUCUAAGUCACAUCUCCUGUCCCUCGGAGGGAGAAAGUGAGACGGAAGAGGAGCUUGUCAGAGACGCUGCAAACCUCCUGUUGGAGCAGUGUGCCUCUUUGGAGGAGCUCAAAGCUGCCAAUAAACCCACCAUGGACCCACGGGAGUUGGCGAUGCUGCUUUCUAUGGCACAAAGUAACCCAGCGCUGUUCCAGAUGAUCUCUGACAGGAUGACAAUAGCGAGGCAGCUCAGCCGACUCAACAAACUGAAGGAACUGAUGGAGACCAACGAGGAAGAAAUCAAAACCAAACAAACUGAAGAGUGGACCAGCUGGAUCACACGAUAUAGGAAGCGUCUGGCUCAGGAACUUGAGGGCAACACUGAUGUGCAGGCUGUGCAGGAGGAGAGGGUGAGGGUGAUGGACAGCACCAACCCUCGCGUGGUGCUACGGAACUACAUUGCCCAGAACGCUAUAGAGGCUGCUGAGAGUGGUGACUUCUCUGAGGUUCGGCGAGUGCUCAAAGUUCUGGAGAAGCCAUUCUCCUCCCAGCCAGGUCUGGAGGUUCCUGCUUGGGUGGGCCAAGGUGGUGCCACCCAACAGGGGGAGAGAGACGAUGGUGAAGAGCAACAGGAAGAGGUGGCAUCUGCCUCAACAGUUCGAAAUCCUGUACCGUAUGACAGCAAACCUCCAGCUUGGUCUCAGGCAAUCUGUGUCACAUGAUCAUCGUAAUAACUUCCCUGAACUUCAUCAUCUGGCCUGCCCAAAUGUGAGGGAAGUAUUAGCAUCCGCUUCCUUUUUUUUCCACAUUUUAGUAUGCCUCCUGAUUAUUUGCACAACUCUAUCACUGUGUGGCAGGCUGGUGUCAGGGAAGCGGGUCGGAGAUUCAGAGAUCACUCCAUUCAGAACAUCAGUGACACAGGGUAGUCAGGGAAAAAGUUGGGUUUGGUGCCACGAAUGUGUCAUUACUGUCAUGACCAUGCAAGGACCUAAAAAUAUGACGUGGUCCUGCACAAAUUAAGAAAAAAGAGAUAUAUAUAUGUGCGCAUCACCCCAUCAUGUUCCCUGUCUGUUUGGUGCCUGGUGGCUGUUAAUGACGGCUCAGACGGAAAGUCUUACAAGGACCUGUCUGAGGCUGAUAAACUAUGGAGGCGAUGCCUGAAAAUAUACCAAAUAGAAUGCAUUAGGUCAGUUUUAUUGUUAAGAGCGAGUGAUUAAACCUACAUUGACCAUCCACAACAUCAUGACCACCAUCAACAUCAUCACCAUCAUGAUCCAGUAUACAUUUGGCAUUGUUAGAGAGCUAUGAACUGAAUGGCGCCUUGAGGUAUAAGCUCAAUUUGUUCUGUGGCCAUAACUCACAAUACUGUUAAAAAAAAGUUCCCCAUCGAAGUGAAUCGAAAUGCUAUCCAUUUUUUCCAACUUCCCACAAUACAUAACAAAUAUGUAAUUUAUUUGAAAUUAGAAAUCAAUCACUCUAUAAUCCAGAAAUGUAUAAAAACAAACAAUACUGACAUACAGGUAAUUACAUAGAACGUAAAGAAAUCAACCUGGUUAUGCUACUUUUUUUUUUUCCUUCAAUAUAGUGGGCAUUGUGCUGCUCCUUGUGCCCUGGCUGGCUAUCUGGCGGCAGUGUAAUACGGCCGUAUGGACAUAGUGUCCAUGGAGAUGGCCUCAUCUCCUCCAUAAGCCAUAGAAAUAUUAGUCAUUCUUUGCAGAGGAUAAAUAUUAUAAAUGUAUGUCGGUAUCGUCGUAUCUGUCUGGAUGUGUUGCUCCACCUUUUGUUUUUGAAUAUCCGUCAACACACAUGCUAUUCGUUAGCCUGUCUGUGAUGUUGCCUAUUAUGUGCUCGCAUUAAGCUUGUGGACUUUAGGGCAAAGUUAAGCGGUUGAUUUCAACGCACAAUGUGUAAUUCUCUUCGUUUCAUGUUUAGUUUGACUGCAAGCUUCAAGCUGCAGUGCCAAUGCGCAGCCUCAGCCAUCUUUUUUGAAGAUGUGUUCACGAUCAGCCAAACUGCUGCUUGGUAUGGCGUGACUUUAGUCAAGUUCAUUGCUACUAUACAGUGCUCGUAUCUCAAUUUUUUUCUCGCCAAUAAAAGCAAAAAAAUCGGUCCGACAUUGGCUCAUAAAACUCGUAAAUUGGGUCACCUGUAUCUCAAGGCACCACUCUUUGUGGUUCAUUUUUAUCAUACUGAUAUGUUUGCAGUGGCGUAGAACUGUACUCUGCCAUACAGAGUAGUUAUCUAAAU